UGCCUCGCGGCGGCCGCUCAGCCCAGCGGCGGGAGGCCGGUUCCGGUUGCAUCAGCGUCGGAUUCAUCUCCAAAUGAGACUGUUCGUGAGCGAGGGCGCCCCGGGGAGCCUGCCGGUGCUGGCUGCGGCCGGGAGGGCCCGGGGCAGAGCUACAGAGCUGCUCAUCAGCACUGUAGGCCCCGAAGAGUGUGUGGUCCCGUUCCUGACCCGGCCUAAAGUCCCUGUCUUGCAACUGGAUAGUGGCAACUACCUCUUUUCCACUACUGCAAUCUGCCGAUACUUCUUUCUGUUAUCUGGCUGGGAGCAAGAUGACCUCACCAACCAGUGGCUAGAAUGGGAAGCAACAGAGCUGCAGCCAGCUUUAUCUGCUGCCUUGUACUACUUAAUUGUCCAAGGAAAGAAGGGGGAAGAUGUUCUUGGACUACUUCGGAGAGCCCUGACUCACAUUGACCACAGCUUGAGUCGACAAAACUGUCCUUUCCUGGCUGGGGAAACAGAAUCUCUAGCAGACAUUGUUUUGUGGGGAGCACUAUACCCAUUACUCCAAGACCCAGCUUACAUCCCUGAGGAACUGGGUGCCCUGCGUAGCUGGUUCCAGACUCUGACUACUCAGGAGCCAUGUCAGCGAGCUGUAGAGACUGUGCUGAAACAGCAGGGUGUCCUGGCUCUCCGGUCUUACCUCCAAAAGCAGCCUCAGCCCAGUCUACCUGAGGAGAGGGCUGUCAGCAAUGAGCCUGAGGAGGAGGAGCUGGCCACCCUAUCUGAGGAAGAGAUUGCUAUAGCUGUGACUGCUUGGGAAAAGGGCCUGGAAAGCUUGCCCCCCUUUCGGCCCCAGCAGAAUCCAGUGUUGCCUGUGGCUGGGGAGAGGAAUGUGCUUAUCACCAGUGCACUCCCUUAUGUCAACAAUGUCCCUCAUCUUGGAAACAUCAUUGGUUGUGUGCUCAGUGCUGAUGUCUUUGCCAGGUACUCUCGCCUCCGUCAGUGGAACACUCUCUAUCUGUGUGGGACAGAUGAAUAUGGGACAGCAACGGAGACAAAAGCUAUGGAAGAGGGCCUAACUCCCCAGGAAAUCUGUGACAAGUACCAUACCAUCCAUGCUGACAUCUACCGCUGGUUUAAUAUCUCAUUUGAUAUUUUUGGUCGUACCACCACUCCACAGCAGACCAAAAUCACCCAGGACAUCUUCCAUCGGUUGAUGGCACGAGGUUUUGUGCUGCAAGAUAGUGUGGAACAACUUCGAUGUGAGCGUUGUGCCCGUUUCCUGGCUGACCGCUUUGUGGAGGGAGUAUGUCCCUUUUGUGGCUAUGAAGAGGCUAGAGGUGAUCAGUGUGACAAGUGUGGCAAGCUCAUCAAUGCCAUUGAACUCAAGAAACCUCAAUGUAAGGUUUGCCGGUCAUGCCCUGUGGUAAAGUCCUCCCAGCACCUGUUCUUGGACCUGCCUAAGUUGGAAAAGAGAUUAGAGGAAUGGUUGGGGAAGACAUUGCCUGGCAGUGAUUGGACACCCAAUGCCCGGUUUAUCAUUCGUUCUUGGCUUCGGGAUGGCCUCAAGCCACGCUGCAUAACCCGAGACCUCAAAUGGGGAACUCCUGUACCCUUAAAAGGUUUUGAGGACAAGGUAUUCUAUGUCUGGUUUGAUGCUACUAUUGGCUACUUGUCCAUCACAGCCAACUACACAGACCAGUGGGAACAAUGGUGGAAGAACCCAGAGCAAGUGGACCUUUACCAGUUCAUGGCCAAAGACAAUGUUCCUUUUCAUGGCUUAGUCUUUCCUUGUUCAGCCCUAGGAGCUGAGGAUAACUACACCUUGGUCAAGCACCUCAUUGCUACAGAGUACCUGAACUAUGAGGAUGGGAAAUUCUCUAAGAGCCGUGGUGUGGGAGUGUUUGGAGAUAUGGCCCAGGACACAGGGAUCCCUGCUGACAUCUGGCGCUUCUAUCUGUUAUACAUUCGUCCUGAGGGCCAGGACAGUGCCUUCUCCUGGACAGACAUGCUGCUCAAGAAUAAUUCUGAGCUUCUUAACAAUCUGGGCAACUUCAUCAACAGAGCUGGGAUGUUUGUGUCUAAGUUUUUUGGGGGCUGUGUGCCUGAGAUGGUGCUUACCCCUGAUGAUCAGCGCCUGCUGGCCCAUAUUACCCUGGAGCUCCGACAUUAUCACCAACUGCUGGAGAAGGUUCGGAUCCGGGAUGCCUUACGCAGUAUUCUUACCAUAUCUCGACAUGGUAACCAGUACAUUCAAGUGAAUGAGCCCUGGAAGUGGAUUAAAGGCAGUGAGGCUGACAGGCAGCGGGCAGGCACAGUGACAGGCUUGGCAGUGAAUAUAGCUGCCUUGCUGUCCACCAUGCUCCAGCCUUUCAUGCCCAUGGUUAGCACCACCAUCCAGGCACAGCUGCAACUCCCGCUUCCAGCCUGCAGUGUCCUUCCCACGAACUUCCUGUGUACUUUACCAGCAGGGCACCAGAUUGGCACGGUCACUCCUUUGUUCCAAAAACUGGAAAAUGACCAGAUUGAAAGUUUGAGGCAGCGCUUUGGAGGGGGCCAGGCAAAAGUAUUCCCCAAGCCAGCAGUCGCAGAGACUGUUACAACAGUGGGGCCACAGCAGAUACAAAUACUUAUGGAUGAAGUGACAAAACAGGGCAACAUUGUCCGAGAACUGAAAGCACAAAAGGCAGACAAGAACCAGGUUGCUGCGGAGGUGGCUAAACUCUUGGAUCUAAAGAAACAGUUGGCUCUAGCUGAGGGGAAACCUCUUGAAACUCCUAAAGGCAAGAAGAAAAAGUGAGAGAGCUCAUAGAAAGUCUUUAAUGGAUAUGGACAGUUAAUAAAUAAAUGUAUUAUCUCUAUAUACAA